CAGCGGAAACAUGACUCUGAGGGCGGUUUCUCCCGUUUUCUCUUUUCCGGAGUGAAGGAGGGACUCUGUUUCCUGCUGUGUCGGAGCUGAUGUCAACUUUCUAAUCUUUUCACCCUUUCUAACUCUGUAAUAAUUGUAUUAAGAAUAACUCUUAAGUAGAAUUUUUUAACGCAAUCUACUUGCGAGCACAGCGGUAAUGAUGGCUAGAGAUGGGCGUGACUAGACCUCGGGGCUCAACCCGGGCAGGUCAGAAGGCUGGAAAGCUUCAAGAUUGGCUUUUGUCCUGAACCACUAUAGCCAUGGACUUGCCAGAUGAAAGCCAGUGGGAUGAAACCACUUGUGACUUGGCUGUUUGUCAGCAUCCACAAUGUUGGGCAACUAUUCGCCGGAUUGAGAGGGGCCACCCUCGAAUCCUGGGCACCCCUUGUAAAACUCCUCUGGAUGCUGAAGUCAAACUCCCAGUGCUCACCAUUGUAAACAUCUCAAAUUCCUGCUUCCAGGCCAAGAGACCUGCUCAUCAUCAUUUAUCAGGAUUUUCCUUCACCAAGUCUCGCUCUUUAUUGUCUCGAGGUUCAAAGUUUGACUCCAAAUUUCAAGGCAGGCCUCAGAAGGAUUUACCUGAAAAAAAUAUAAUCAACUGUACUAAUAGAUCUCCUAAACUUUCAGUGCUGAAUUUGAAUGAGACACAACUUCCCUGCCCUCAGGAUGUUAGAAAUACUGUUGUAAUCUGGAUCCCAGAAGAACCAGAGAAGCAUGUGAGUCCAGGUGAGAAGAAGCAUAUUGUUCCCAGCCAGGAUGGGAAGAAGAAAAGAAUGGAAUUUAUAGUGAAAGACAAGUCAUCUCUGGUUCUGCCCAGAAAGCAGAACACAGAAACGCCACGGAGACCUUCCUGGAUGCCUGCGCCUCCGCCUUCCCCAGUACACAUGUUCGAGCAACUACAUCCAGAAUCCAUACCUUUGUGGAACCACUUUGACGUGUUACCUCAGGUUCUGUUGAAGGACCUUUUGCCGGGUGAAGGGAAAACCAUGCCUUGUCUGAAGAUGAAGACACAACUGGCCAUGAUGAAAAAGAAACUUCCCCUGGGAAGGAGCCGACCUGACAGCGCCAUUUCUGCUAAGAUGCUUUUAUCUGUACACCGCCUCACCCUGCAAACACCAGCACUGAGAUACCCGGAGCAUGUGAGGAAAUUACAUUAUAACCCGAAUACAGAAGGUCGCAGGAAGCCGCAGCGGUGUCAGCUGCAGCAACAGAGGAAGGUGAAAACACCUGCUAAGAAACAGGAGACUAAAAAGAAAUCCAAGAGCGAUCCAGGGAGCCAGAACACUUUGCAUAAACGUUCAAGUGCCCUGGUUUAUGACCCAUGCCAUGGUCGCACAGCUCUCCCUGUUCGGGAAGGUGACAGGCAGCAGCGGAGGAGCACAGGAGGCCUCACCUUGAAACAGGAUUCCAAAGAGAGACCACAUAGGGACGACUCUGAGGACCACCUGGAUUCCUGUCCCACUGAGGAAAAUCCUGAAUUAUCCAUGACAGAACCCACCAAUGAGGGGGACAUCAGUGCUCAGAUGGAUGUUGUACUGGAAGCCGAAAAGGAGACCCCAAAGGACCAUUCAGCCAUUAUAUCUAGAGCCACCUGGAACCCUGAGCUCAAACUCCUGAGGAUUCUUCAGGCCACUCAUGAUGAGGACGAAGGGAACCAGACCUCUGGGUCACAGAGUGAAGAGUCCAUGGAGGCAUAGGCAGAAGACAUCACUGGGGCAGUCUUAUUCCAGAACAGGAUACUUGGAAUCCUGACACCUGUGACCCUGGACAUAAGGGCAUAAGGGAACUUCUCCCUGAAACCUUUAUCAGGGCCUGACCAUAGGGAUUCUGUAUUCUUCAUUCAUUUCUACUUGCCUCUAAAAUAAGUGAGGGAAAAAAGUCCCACCCUUUUUAAACUUAAAAUGUUUUUCUUCCAUCUGGGCCAGAAUAAUUUUGGGUGAUUAAACACAGCUGUUGCUUAA